UUGGACAUUAAACCUUAAACCUUCAGUUAUCUACCUUUCAACGUUUAAGCACUUUUGAAAUAGCGCGUUGGUGAUUUGCGGUCGCUUAGCUGGAAAAAGCCGAGCUGAUCACUUUUUGUCCCCGGGGGAUGAGGCGAAGAUCCCGGAAAUGAAACCAUUUACCUUUUAUUGCUGAACAGCCACUCCUCAGUAAAAUACAGAAGCACUUUGUGACUGGUUUUUGCAUUAAAAAUUGAAUUUAUAUUGCACAUUUUUUCAUAUUAGCGAAGAGUUAUUUAUAAAUCUGAAAAUUGUGUGCGAGGAUUUCACUAAACACGAAAGGAGCGGGUGUCUAAACGCGGAUAAUGUCAUAUUGGAUGAUGAAACGCGAAAGGAUUUGGCCUUCUUAUCCAAGGCUUGCAGCUCCAACGAUUAACAAUUUGCUGCACAUUGAGUAGCUUUUACGCGAGGUGCAACUGAUCCUGUGUUAGCCGCAGAAAUUUUGGAGUCGGUUGUAAGUCGAGGCCGACAAAAUGAGGAAUUCGACAUUGCUGAAAUGGGCACACAACUCGACCAAUAACAAAAACGGGUCCAACAAAAAUGGAAGUACGGGUAGAAACUGGAUACACCCACCGGAUGCACUUCAAAAAGGUCACAUCGCCUACCUAGUCAAGUACUUGGGCAGCACUGAAGUAGAUCAGCCCAAGGGUAUUGAUGUCGUUAAGGACGCAAUUUGUAAGCUCAAAUUCAACCAACAAAUUAGAAAGAGCGAAGGGACCAAAACCCCAAAAGUCGAACUCACCAUUAGUAUAGAUGGAGUGGCCAUUCAAGAACCAAAAACUAAAACUUCUGCAAAGCGAAUUCUUCACCAGUAUCCGCUGCAUCGGAUUUCCUAUUGCGCGGAUGAUAAGGGUGAGAAAAAAUUCUUCACGUUUAUCGCAAAAGAGGAAGAUGCAGAAAGGCAUACGUGCUUUGUUUUUGUGAGUGAUAAACUCUCGGAAGAAAUUACACUGACGAUUGGCCAAGCCUUUGAUUUGGCUUAUAAAAGAUUUUUAGAGACAUCUGGAAAAGAUUUAGAAGCUCAAAGGCGUUCUAUGGUUCUCAAACAGAAAAUUAAGCGACUUGAGCACGAGAAUAAUAUUUACAGACAGCGACUGCAAGACAUCGCUUCCAUCAAAGGAUCGGCGGAUAUUUCUUCGUAUCUUUCACAGCAUAAUAUUCCUGACAUUUUGCACGUUCCUGAGACACCUGCUGCAUCGUCAACGACGACGGCGUCAACGACAACGACGUCGAAUUCAUUAACGGAUAUUCCUCGAGUAAAUGGAGGCCCGACGAAAUUUAUUCUCAAUUCUAGCAACGAUACGAAUGGAAAUGCGUCAAAUGGUUCUCUACAGCCACCUCCAGUUCCUCCAAGGAGUUUCGAAAAAUCCUUUGAUGACGAUUUUAUCGCAAAAGACUCGCCGUCGACGCCUUCGCCGUCAGUCGGUACAAAAUUGGAGGGCCUUUUAAUGGACGAGUUCGAAGAAGAUUUCAAUCCUAGAGCCUUUGAAAGUGCAUCAAACGGAUUGUCAAAUCAUCAAUCCAAUAAUAAUCCUCUUUUGAAUGGACAAUCCUCUCCGGUUUCAAAUUUCUUCUCACAAUCUAAUGGAUUAAAUUCUCCUCCUCUUUUGGCUCCUCCGCCGAAAUCGAAGGACUCGAGGCGACAAAAUGGGGCAAAGGAGGAUCUUUUUGGUAGCGUUCCCUUCAAUCCCUCGCCUUUCGGGAAAAACGAUUUUAAUGAUCCUUUCGAAAUGGGAGAAUUUGGAAGCUCGACAGCAAGUUCGGGACCCAGUCAGCAGGAAUUAGAAAACGCUAUCGGUCUUCUGGACAAGAGGCUUCUAGAAAUGAAGGAUGGAUUUAGCAGAGGGCUUUCCAUCGGCACAGACGAUUUCUCACUCGAAAGUCUGGACCCGCUGCGAAACUAAAAACCCAACUAAAAUCCGAUGGAGCUCGAAUUUGCAAAAGAAAAGAAAAAACAAACAAGUGAGCGAAAACUGAUGGGACCACUCGAAAGGCCUGAAACCAAAAUUAGUCAAUUUACUAUCUACGAUAAUCGUAUUUAUGAAUCUCCGAUAUUUAUAUCGCUCAGUGAUUUUUAACCGCAUCUUCUCUGCGUUGAAAGCAGUCUUCACUAAUUUCUAAUUCAGAUAAUCUAUUUUAUCUCCCAUAAGGAAAAGAGACACUAAAAGAGUUCUAGAUUUUUAGAAAAUAAAGCCUCCAUCUCUCUGACAAAUUGAAAAUUUAAUUCUCUCAAUUUACACCGACUUUGAGUUUAAAUUAAAUUUCAAAAUUAAUCCUUGAGCUAGAAAACUAUAAAAUUUAAAAUUUUAAACUGCAACUUUAUACUCUGAGCAACUCUGAACUUAGAAUUUUUUUUAUUUCUCGCCACGAAUUUCAGUGUCGCAUAUCUCAAUCUGGAGGUGAGAAUCUCUCCUUUUAUGGAGAUGAAAGGAAUUUUUUUUCCCAUUAAUUUUUUUGUCGGCUGGGAAUUGUAAAAAAAAGCAAUAAAAGUAAAAAACGCCAUCGAUAGAUCACGCGGGCUGUGUACGUAUUCCAAGCGGACACGUGUGAAUAAACUAACCGAAGUAGAAUUAGAAUAAUAAUUAGUGUACAAAAGAAUUUUCCAUUUCCCGAUUAAAAAAAAAAAUUAAACACUGCUAUCUUAUAAGUGAAAAAUAUUUCUCUAGGCGAUUUAAUUUUUUUGUUUGAGACCUAGAAAUGAAUGUGCGUCUUUAAAUCCUAUUUUCACUUCUCGUCUUUUGUUUUUAGGAAGAUUGAUGAUAUUAUUAUUAUUAUUAUUAUUAUUAUUAUUAUUAUUACGAAAAAUAAGAUGCGAAGCGAUUAAUAAACUAGCUCGACGGAGCGAUUGUCAGUAAAAUACAUAUUAUUUAGAUUUAUUAUAGAAAGAGAAAGGAGAUACAUUUGACAUCGAAUAUAUGUAAUGAGAUCUGGAUUAUGUACAUAUGGAAUUCUUAUAUUGUUGCUCUAUUGUUUAAGUA